UCUGAAGCACCCGGAGUUGACACUUGUACAGCCAGAGCAGAUGCAGGCACAGGCUCAGGAACCGAACCUCACUCCUGUCAUCAUUGAGGCUCUGAAUCUGGAACAUCACAUAACUCCUGUACCAUCUUCGGAGGUUCAACUCUCUCCAAAUUUUCAGGAGACCCCACCUCAGCCUCCAGAGCCAUCUCUGGAGCCUCUAGGAGAGCAUACAGUACCACAUGGAGUGACAAAUCCAAGACCACUGGGUCAGCAUACAGCUCGGCCUGAAACAUUGCCCAGUCCUGUGGUACAACCCUUGGACAUGGGGUUUACCCUAAGUCCUAAUGUCAACACAGAGGCUGAGCAUGCUGUGAUCCCGCAGGAGGUUACAGUUAGUCCUCUAAAGCACCCGGAGUUGACACUUGUACAGCCAGAGCAGAUGCAGGCAGAGGCUCAGGAACCGAACCUCACUCCUGUCAUCACUCAGGCUCGGAACCUGGAACAUGACAUAACUCCUGUACCUACUGCGGAGGUUCAACUCUCUCCAAAUUUUCAGGAGACCACAUCUCAGCCUCCAGAGACAUCUCUGGAGCCUACAGGAGAGCAUACAUUACCACAUGGAGUGACAAGUCCAAGACCACUGGAUCAGCAUACAGCUUUGCCUGCAGCAUUGCCCAGUGUUGUGGUACAAGCCUUGGACAUGGGGUUUACCCUAAGUCCUCAAGUUACUACAGAGGCUGAGCAUGCUAUCAUGCAGCAGGAAGUUACACUUACUCCUCUGAAGCACCCGGAGUUGACACUUGUACAGCCAGAGCAGAUGCAGGCACAGGCUCAGGAGCCGAACCUCACUCCUGUCAUCAUUGAGGCUCUGAAUCUGGAACAUCACAUAACUCCUGUACCUUCCUCAGAGGUUCAACUCUCUCCAAAUUUUCAGGAGACCCCAUCUCAGCCUCCAGAGCCCUCUUUUGAGGAUGUAGGAGAGCAGAUAAUACCACAUGGAGUAACACAUCCAAGACCACUGGGUCAGCAUAUAGGUCCGCCUCCAACAUUGCCCAGUGUUUUGGUACAAGCCUUGGACAUGGGGUUUACCCUAAGUCCUCAAGUCACUACAGAGUCUGAGCAUGCUGUGAUCCCACAGGAGGUUACAGUUACUCCUCUGAAGCACCCGGAGUUGACACUUGUACAGCUAGAGCCGAUGCAGGCACAGGCUCAGGAGCUGAACCUCACUCCUGUCAUCAUUAAGCCUCUGAACCUGGACCAUCACAUAACUCCUGUACCUUCUUCAGAGGUUCAGCUCUUUCCAAAUUUUCAGGAGACCCCAUCUCAGCCUCCAGAGCCAUCUCUGGAGCCUAUAGGAGAGCAGAUAGUGCCACAUGGAGUGACACAUCCAAGACCACUGGGUCAGCGUAUAGGUCUGCCUGCAACAUUGCCCAGUGUUGUGGUACAACCCUUGGACCUGAGCUUCCCUCUAAGUUCUAAAAUCAUUAUAGAGGGUGAGGAUUCUGUGGCCCUGCAAGAGAUUACAGCUUCUCCUGUGGAGCACCCGGAGAUGAUACUUGCACUUCCAGAGGAGGUGCAGUCCCAGCAUCCAAACCUGUCUCCCAUCACAGUUCAUCCUUCAGACCUGGAACAUUCCAUGAGUGCACCACUUGCUACGGGGACUGAACUUACAUCACUGAUGCAAGAGGGAGCCCCUCAGCCUCCAGAGCCAUCUACGGAGGCUGUAGGUGAACGUACAGGAACACCUGAAAUGACAAAUCCACUGGGUCAGGAUGCAGCUCAUCAUCCAACAUUACCCAUGGUCCCCAUCCAACCACUGCAAGUAGAGCUUAUUGUAAAUGCAGCACCCACUACAGAGUCUGAACCUCUUGUGACCCUGCAGAGGGCUUCUACUCCUGCUCUGGUGCAGCCCGAGUUGACGCUUAUACCUCCAAACCUGACUCCUGUCACAUUUCAACCUUUUAAUGUGGAACAGCAUACGAAGCAGUAUUCUGUACAGAUGGAGCAGAAUUCCACUGGGGCUGUCAACAUAUGCGAUCUCUGUGCCUGUGAAAAUGAGGCCCUGUCGUGUAUCGAUCUCAGCCCAAUGCAGAGACUGCAGCAAGUACCUGUAGUAGAGCCAAACUCCUUCACAGUCUUAAAUUUCCAAGGAAACUCUAUUCGAGCCAUUCCAGAAGGGAUAUGGAAGACGUACCGUUGGGUUCAUAAACUAAAUCUCAGUGAAAAUUACAUCACUGAACUACGUAAGGAUUCCUUUGAAGGCCUGCUGUCCCUCCAGUAUUUAAAUCUUCAGUGCAAUUUACUCACAGAACUGAGCUUUGGGACAUUUGAAGCAUGGCAUGGAAUGCAGUUUUUAAAGCAAGUGUAAGUGAAAU